AUGUUGCUCUACAGAUUACUGCGAUCUUUUGCGAAUAUCCUUAGCCUAUAUGUGUUGUUGGUGGCGUGUCAAACGAAUAAUCCAAGUAAAACUAUAGAUUAUGUUACAUCGUUAAAGGAUAAGCUGCAGUUACUGGAACAAAAUGGGAAAUUAUUGCUGAAUAAUUACGAAUACAUUGAGAAAUUGCAAGCGAAGGUUAAGACACUGCAAAAGCUGGUCAAGCACUUGCAACAGCCACAACUGGCAGCUAAAGGUGAAGAGGAGGAAUUCCUCUCCAAUCCUAUGAACAGUUUGUCGCUUAUAAGACAAAUGCAUGCAGAUUGGACUCAUGUGGAGAAGUUGAUGGAACAACCAGUUGGUCAAAAACAAAUGGAUUAUAUUCGGCGAAUGAAUGAGCGAAAACCAAAUCAGGAAAAUGUUGAGCAAGCCUUGGUUGCCAUGCAUCGCCUAGCUUCAAGUUAUGAGCUGGAUGCUGCUGAUAUUGCCAGCGGAUUGCUUGACGGCAUGCAAACAGAUGCAAAGCUUUCACCACUCGAAUGCUAUGAAAUGGGAUUGCUCUAUUACAAUGGAUCGCUUUAUUACGGAUCAAUCGAGUGGCUGGAAACAGCCAAAGAGUUAAUGGAUAAAGCUCCAUCUGAUGUCUACAAUCUUUUGGGUCUAACAAGAAGCGACAUCUCUCAUCUAUUAGCUCGAUGUUUCAUUGCUUUAGACAAAUUGGAGCUUGCUCGCAAAGUUCUUCUGGCAGAACCAGAUUUGAGUUCCAAAACCGAAGAGUUGUUGGAAUAUUUUAAGGAAAACAAGCCUGAAGAAGUGGAGAACGAUAAUUUGAUUGCAUUUCAUGAAAAAACUGCACAACUCUGUGGCUCUUCUUAUAAACCAAAACCCACGCGACUUUUGUGUUCCUAUAAAACAUCAGGAAAACCUUUUCUUCGACUGGCUCCCUUUCAAAUGGAACAGAUCUCACAUGAUCCCGAUAUAUUUGUGUUCCACAAUGUGAUCUCUAGCAUAGAGAUUUCAAUUUUAGAGCGAGAAACGGAAGCAUUUAUGCUGCCUGCUAGGGUACUUGAUAAUGGGAAGUCGGUGUUGUCAAAUAUACGCACAGUGAGCAGCGUUGGGUUGCCCAAUAAAAAUUUUUCAAGGCAACUCAAUUCGCUGAUUACUCGAAUUAGACGGCGAAUAUCGGAUUUGUCCGACUUGAAUGAUAGUUAUUAUUAUUUGUCAGAGGUGCUGAAAUACGGUUUUGGUGGUCACUACAGCUUUCACAAUGACUUUUUGAAUAGUUCAGUAUUCAGGGACGAUCGCGUUGCCACCGUUUUGUUAUAUCUCAAUCAUGUGCCCAGUGGCGGUGGCACAAUGUUUACUCAGCUAAACUUAACAGUGCAGCCGGAGCCUGGCAAAGCUGUUCUCUGGCAAAAUUUGGACGUGGAAACUUUUGACUUUGAGACGCGUAACGAACAUGCAUCUUGUCCUGUGAAGAUUGGCACCAAGUUUGCAAUGGCACAAUGGAUACAUGAAAGGGAACAGAUGUUCACACGCCCGUGUCUAAAGCCUCCCAAAGCACGUGUAUAUCCGGAUAAAUUGUGAUGAUUUUGUAUUGA